GGCCCUCCACUCUGUGUGUGUGUGUGUGUGUCAAUGAAUACCUGUUGUGCAUUUGUGAUGACGGGCCUGGUUUAAAAUCUGCCCCAAGUUUUUGUGCGAGGCAGUCUGUCUCAGGGAAGUCUGCUUCACAGUCGUAUUCACACACUCGGUGUUCCGCAAGAGUCUAUCUCGGACCCCCAGUCAGUGUUGUCGCCAAGGGGAACCUCAGGAGACCAGACAAGACGAGCUAAGUAAUGGCUGCCCAUAGGAGGACCGGCCUCUCCGGCGUGCUUGUCGCCGCCACGCUGGCCGUGGUCAUCGUGCUGCUGCUGCUUCCCGCCGACGUCUCAGCAGGACCAGUCGCCGGCAAGGCCACACCAGACGCCGGGGAGAGCAUCCGGGCGAGGGCGGAGGCGGCGGCGGCCCACAGAAGGCUGAGCCGGAACCGCAGGAACAUCAGCUGGUACAAGCAGCACUCGGAUUUCUGGAGCUGGUACAAGUACUUCACCGACAACGGCAACCAGGAGGCGGUUCAGGAGCUGGACCGCAUCUACCUAACCUACCUCCAGAACAAGAACCGCGCCGAAGGCCGUCGCUCUUACAAAGCCUACCUGCGCCACCUGGGUGAGAUCUACAAGUCCUGCGCCGACUCGGAUGACCCCAACUGCGUGGCAUCCUACACCAGUAGGGCCAAGCCUGAGCCCCCCAAGCCGGCGCCGGUCAAAACCUGUGACCCCACCAAGGACGCCUACUGCCUGUACGCCGCCUUGGUGGCUCGGAAGAGUCCCUACAUGCCACUGGUGCUGCCUGCCCAGGCCCCGGCUCCGGUGAAGUCCCCCGCCCCUCUUUUUGUACGACCUGCCGCCGCAGCCAAAGAACCUCAGUCGGGUUACUACUACUAUGCACCGUCGUCAGUUUCUUUCCUCUCCAAGGAGCAGAAGGCGGAGCUGCUGCGCGUCUGCGGGGCAGAGGACGUUGAGUGUUUGCAGUACCACCUGAGGGCCGCCUACGGCUACCCGCCCACCGGCGGGAGCUCACCGGCUUACGCCCACCUGGGCUGUGACCCGACAGUGGACCCCACCUGCAAGCCUCAGAAGGCCUCGUCUGGGCUCUACCAGUACCCCAACUGUGACCCGCUCAGGGACCCAUACUGCGCCUACCUUGCCUCCCCGAUGGCUCCCCGAGUGACCAACCCCCCUUCUGGCUCGGGAUCCUGCAACCCCAUCUUUGAGGACGGUUGCAACCCCCUCACCGCCACCAAAUUCGUCACACCUCAAGAGGCAUACAAAACGGAGCCGAGCGAGGAAGCGGCCGCCAUCCGGGUUCCCCCUCCCGCCGCCGACCACUACAGCGACCCCUAUGGCAUGUAUAGAGAUGCUAACGCUAAUGCUAACAGGGUGACUGACCCUUACGCCACGUACCGCCAGGCUAGCGCCCCGGCCGCGCCGCCCGCCGAUGAUCAGUACGCAGUGCUGCGGCGCUUCAUGGCACAGGCGCAGGGCAGCGACCCAUAUGCGCCCCGCAUGGAGUCGAUGCCCGAGUCCAACCCCAAUGAUCCCUUCUCUGCCAUGAGAGACACCGCCUCCGCUACCAUGCACCGCCACAGUGCCCGUCAACACUACCUGUUCUCACCCCCAACUUACGAGGAGCCUACCAGGGAGGAGCGCCAUCCUCUGGGCCCGCCAGGAAAAACCAAAGAGGGCUACGACUGCUUCAUCGGGUAUGACCGCGAUUGCUUCCCGCUGCAGCCGGCCGAGCCCCGAUCCAGCGCCCACCGCCGCAUCCCUCAUCCCGCCGAGGCCUAUGAGCCCCACCUGAAAGCCGACGGCACCCGCGACGGCGUCCUGGAGCCGCCGAACCCGCACUGCGAUCCAGAGUUUGACCGCGACUGCCGCCUGCGCCGCCGCGAACCCGAGCAGCCCCGCCACGAGGACCCCAAGGCCCAACCGGAGGUGCCGGAACAGGACCCUUACGAGGCCGAGCCCUACCAAAGCGGCCAGGAGGAGCCUCACGUGUCCAACGUGCCGACGCCCCCUCAGGGAAUGCCCAGCCUACAGGACAUACUGAGGAGCUACGGCGACCACUUCUCCGAGCAGGAAGACUACCGCAAGAAGUAAAGUCCAGACACAUGCCAGCUUGUUGGUGCACAAAUGCCCUCAAAGCUUUCCAUCUCACCAGACCCCCACGCGAUGCCAGUCCAUGGACACAAUGAACACGAAAGCAUCCUAAGGUCAUUCGCUUUUGAUUUGGGGCGCUCGGGUAUCACUCGCAAGACCUCAGUCCUCCUCCAAUCAAUACAUUGUGACUUGCCAAUGCUCUGCUUGGCUUCGCCAUCUCGCCACUGACAACUUCUGUAAAGUUUUUUUUCUCCCUGCUUUGGAAUGUUCGAAUAAAAAGCUCUUGAAAGCUGUC